AUGAGCUCAUUCACCAACUUCGACAAUCUUCUCCUCCAAACCCUAAUGGGUCGCCUCCAAAUCCAUCCUCCUCCUCCUUCUCGAAACCCUUUCCUUUCUCAAUCCCUAGAAGACCUCCUUUUCAACGUUGAUGACUCUUCAGAUGACGAUGACACCAGCAAAACCCAGCUCUCAAAAGAAGAGUCCAAGCUCGAGAAGGAAAUCAUACGAGUCAUCCUGUCAGGCAAGACCGAUUCACUGAAACCCAACUCUGGUCAGGCUGUUACAGUCGGCGAACAUCACAUCUGUGUUGGGUUUCACGAGGAAAAAGGAUCGGAUUAUCGGGUAUGGGAGUGGCAUGGACAUAUCAUGCUUUUUGAUGAAGAGAAUGGGUAUACCCCUGAGUACAUUUAUGGGAAUUACUUUGAGAGGCAUCUUGGUAAGACUGCCGCUGCCACCGCGCCUAAGCAGGAGCAGGAAGAGAACGAAGACGAGGAGGAGGAGAAAAUAGGGAAUUUGGGGUUGAGAGAAUUGAUUGAUGGUGGGGAUUCUGCUGCUGCUAGGAUUCUUCACAGGAAUAUCUGUGCGGGUUCUUCUAGUGGUCUUCAGCUUGCCACUCAUAGAGUGGUAGUUCUGGAAAUGAUGUUCAUUUCUUGUGUUCUAGUCAUAGUGGAAUCAGACCAAGUGCAGUUGAGGCAGGUUGGAGAAAUAUCGGAAGGGAACCAUGUGGUUGCUCCAGUGAUGAAGCACUUUUUGAAUGCUAUACUUCUGAAACUUCCUUUAUUGUUAUUAGACCGAAUUUCUCGUCCUUAUUUUGGUUCAAUAAAUGCUAUAAAUUUAAUCAAAGUUUGUGGCUUGACAAAUAUAGUGAUCUUGAUGGAAGGGAAAGGCAUUGAGGAAUCUAGACUUCUGUUUCUGCCUCUUGAACCUGUGGCACUGGUGCUUUUGUUCUUCAAGCAUUCUCUAUCUUCCCCCCGAACUGGGGCUAAAGGGGUCUAUGGCGUUCUGCUUGGUCGUCAAGUCUACACAAGGGGGUUUGUUUUGGAUUUUGCGGUUUCUUUCAGUGGCAUGGCUGAGGGAGCAGUGGAUUUGACAUUGCUCACCAAGUCAAGCCUGCAAUGCGGUCGAGAGAGCUACAGCCUAGAGGGAGGGAUCUUGUACAAAACAACAGCUGAUUUGAAGAAGUGGGUUGAGAAGAGGAACAGAAAACAUUUGGAACACGGUUGA